CAAGGAUAAACCACAGUCAGUAUUUAUUGAUAUUUGAAUGUGUUUCAUGACGUGCGUCUAUUCAUACAUGAUUAAAAAACUAAAUUGAAAACGAUUACGAAAAGUUAGGUGUUCGAGUUCUACUGGGAUAUAAUUGUUCAUCGCUCAUGUCCCAUCAAAACAGAUUGGUAGUUUAAAUGUUCCCUGCUUUAAGUAUCAUUGAGGAAGUGCAAACAGCUGAUUUACUUAGAAGCUUUACUUGGAUGUAAUGUGUUUGUUUUAGGAAUUGGAUGCCCCUUUCAUGUUAGUACCUGGACUUCUGUACUCUUCUGAGAAACAACAUGGACAGUCGUGAAGAAAAGGACUGGGUUGAUGUUGCCAAUGACCUCCUUUCCAAAUGCCAUGUCAACCUCAGAGUGAAGACAGUAACAGAAUGUGAUGCCAGUUUGUUUGUUGCCUUGUAUGAAGCAAUCCUAGGAGAAAAGGUGCCAGACUACAUAGCUACUCCUGGAAGCCAAGAAGAUGAUGUACACAAUGUGCAGGCUGUGAUAGAUUCACUGGCAUUAGACUAUCUGCAGAUCAGCUUGUCGCACAUAACUGGUGAAAAUGUUGUUCGAGGAGACAAGGAAUCUCUCCAAAAUCUUCUAGAAAUAUUUGAUGGUUUGUUUGAGUAUCUGACUGAACAGAUCAGUGAGACAUCCUCACAUAAUGGAGAUGAAACUGAAUUGGUUUUCAAAGAUGGGAUUUCAGUAAAUCGUGACCUGCUACAGGAACAAUUGAAGGAGCACUACAAAGAAUCUGCUUCAGCACCCAAAUCCCCUCCAUCUCCGAAGGCUUCUGAGCAACACUUUGAUACUUCCCUACCAUCUUGGGAUACAGAAGGUUCUGAAUCUACUGCUGAACUGAUUCGACUUGGAGAUUCAGCAUACACAUUUACUCUUAGGAAAAAUGAGUUACCAGAACCUUUGCCUACCAGUGAAAUCAAAACAGACAACAUAAACACUAGUGCUGCAAAGCUGGGAGAACCAAUUCGACCAGCUGUCCCACUACAACCACCUUAUCAGCCAAAAGAACAUAGAAGUACACCUGAAACUGAAAGCAAAACUGAAGGUCAAACCAACUUAGAAAGACAGCCUCCUCUAUCAACUCAUGCAGCAAGGUCAUCUGAGUUAGAAAGUCAAGUAAUUCCUCAAGAAUCUACAUCCGAAGUUGGAGUUGAUACUUCUCAUCAGGAAAUCAGUAUACAAAGGAUUGGGGGCAGUUCAGAUGACAGACGAGCAGAAAAUGAGACUGAGAUCUCUACUGUUCAGAAGAAAGUUGCCUUUCGUACCCUCCCAGAUAUCAAGAUAAUGACACUUCAGAGUGCCUUAGGAAACACUGAGCAAUGGAGUUCUUCUAGCAAACAAGAGGAAACAGUUUCCAUAAGGACGGACCUUAAAACACAGCAUUCAUCAGAUAAUGUAUCUGAAGACAGCUUGGACAAUGAGAGUAGAUAUCAAACAGAUCCAUCCACAUCAAUUAUAACCGAGCCUCUGUCUCGUCGAAGUAUGAGAAAUAAACUGUCCGAACAGGAGUUGCAUGACAUGGCUGAAAGGCUGUCCAGAAAGCUAAAUGAAUUAGAUUCAUUGUUGAAGCAAGCUUUGGAUGAGCAGACAGUCGUACUAGAUGCCAAAGAGGAAGAUAAACUGUCUCAACACAGUGACAGUUUCAUGGAAUAUCGGAGGAAGAAACAUCAGCCAACAACGCCUCUUCAUAGAAAGCAGAGCAGAGCACGUUCACUGUCACCGUCUCCUCAGGCAUUCAGACAGGCUCUUCAUAUGCAGUUUGAAGAUGCACUUAAUAAAGAAGCAAAAGAUCAGAUGGGAAAAAUCCGAAGAGAGGUUCAAAAGGAAAUGGAUGCACAACGAAGGAAAAUGAAGGUGGUGGAAAAAGCUUAUGAAGAUGACUUAGAGAAUUUAGAGACUAUAGGGAGAAUGACAGUAGCAAAGGAAAAAAUAAAAGUGAAUGAACUGGAUCAGGACUAUAAAGCUAAUCUUUUAAGAAGUGCUCCAGCACCAUCAACUCCAUCAAAAGUUUAUUCACGGAAAAAACCUCAGACGCCAAAAAAUCAGUGGACACCAAGUGGAGGUCUAGUGAAGCCAAGGAAAGGAACUCCAAUGAAGAUAAAGGACAAUGACUUGUUACCUUUACUUAUGGAAGAGUUCCCAUAUCUGCAUAUUUCUCCUCAUGCACUAAACAAAAUGUGGAAACAACAAUUCAGACAGAUUGAACAGCUUUCAAAAUCUGCAUCUGAGGAAGACAGGACUAAGACCAAACUCCAGAACGAAGUUGAAGAGGCUCAGAGAAAGCAUGACAUUCUGGUUGAAAUUAUUAGAAAAGAACAAGAACACAAUCAACGGCUAAAAGAAUUUAAAGAAAGAAUACAGCAACAGAAAUAUGCACAGAAUAAAAUCAAAGAGAGGAGACAUCAGAUUGCUCGUGCUAAAAAUUACUAUGAGGACUAUCAUGUGCAGUUACGUGCCAAAAUGAUGAGGGCAAGAACUCGUGAGGAAAGGAUUUUUAGGAAACUGUUUGAAGAGGGCCUGGAAAUCCAGAAAGAAAGAUUACAUGAAUUAAGGCAAUAUUCUAAAGAAAAGCGUGAAGAACAGAAGAAGAGGCAUAACGAUGAAAUUGAGUCUAUGGAGAAUUACUAUAAAGAUCAGUUUUCAAUGCUGGCAGAAGCUGUGUCACAGGAGAGGCAGGAAAUUCAAAUGAGAGAAAAAGUUCAAGCAAAAGCACUUCAGAAGUUGAAGAAAGAGCUGCGCUCCAAGAUGGAGAAAGAGAUCAAAGAACUUCAGGAUAUGAUAACAAAAGAUGAUGAUGAUGCAUACUUUAGGGAAUUGGAAGCUGAAAGACUCAAACACAGAAUUCAAAUGGCAUCUUUCCAGUACAGUAAAAAUCAUUUAUUAUGAAUGUCUCGUGCCAGAUUAUCGGAACUUUAACAAAAUCAACUAUAAUGCCAUGACUGUUUAUUGCAGUUUGUUUUUGAGAUUACACUUUUUCAUCUUGAAGUUGAGGUGGGACAUGUUUUCAAGCAUCUCCCCUAACAUUGCCUAACUUCUCUGUUUUCUUUCCAACUGUCUCUUUAAAAGGCAGUCUUGUACUAUGGUUUACACACACUGACUGUAAGAGAGACUCUGUGUAGCAGUGCUGACAUGGGCAAAGUUAGACUGGACUGUGUGAAGACUUUAUAUUGGGAUUUAUGCAACCACUGUACAUUAUUAAACACUUAAUUAUAGAAUUAUAUCCAACAGGCCUAUAUCAGGUUAAGAGUUAACUGUUUCACUAAAUGAAAGGUGUAAGCUUUUAUUCUAUUAGGUUCAACAGAAAAUAUGUACCUAAUUUUACAUUUAGAUUCAUAUUUUCUUGUUAAUAUGAAUACUUUAAAUUCAGAAUUCAUUAUAGAGCUGAGAUGCUUCUCAUUCUUGAAAAAGAAGAGUAUAUCUGCAGCGUUAUCGCUGCGUCUGAUUUUCCAAGUAAUUCAUUUUUAGAUAUGUACAGAGAAGAAAAAUUGCAUUUGCAUAGUAUGACAAAAAAAGCAUAAACAAAUACAGUAUCUUAUGUAAGACAAAUCUAAUAUGUUUUACAUAAAUUAGAAGUGAAGCUAUUUUUCUGUUUUUAAAUUUUAUGUAAUAGCUGUGAUAACUUAAAUCCCCUGUUUAACAGAAGAGCAUCUAUUUGCUCACCUAUUUAUUUAUUUUUCUGGAAACUUUGUUUGGGGAAUGCAUUUGAAAUAAAUUUGUGAGGUUCCAGGUCCAGGUAAAUUUACGCUAGGUGAAGUCCACUUGUAACAUCAUUUGUCCCAGCAUCUUCAUAAAUGUGAGCAGCCCCCUUUUUGCCCUUUUUUCUUUUACAGUCUGUCAUCCCAAUAGCAUCCCGUGUUUGUUGUUUUAUUCUAUAACCACUCUGUGCUGCUAAAGCUGGCUCCUUUCACUGUAGACAAAUAGAUUGACAUGCUUUUUGCGGUCCCUUUUAACACCAUUAUUUUUCUAAAUUUUUUUUGGAAAGAUUCAUGCAACAGUAAAACAAUUGGACUUCUAACAUUCAGAUGUCUUCUUUUUUAGCAGUCCUGUACGCUCCCUGUUGUGAGACAGCAUCAUGACCAUUACAAGCAGCUGACAAUUGCUAGUCUAAAGAUAAUGUUGCUUAUGUUUUAUGGCUUUGAAAAUAUCACUUGAUUAUCUAUAGUUUCUGUAAAACGAACCAUGGUUAUUUUUGUCUUCUUUUCAAGGAUCAUGGUUUUAAAAAUACAUUGUUAUCCACUAUGAAAAAUGUUAUAUCAUCACUUUUGUCUGUGGUGAUAACCUUAGAUAAAUUAAGUGUGACUGUUGUAGAUAUUGCUUGUGAUUGUCACUGUACACAUUGUCUUUGAAUUGUAAACAGUAGUAGAAAUUAUGGUCAUGCUAGUAAAUUUAACAAGGUAACAUUUAAAAAUCACAGAAGUAUGCUUUCCUAAAAUUAAUUUAGCUAGGAAAAUGGAGGAUAAAUGACUGUAUACCUGAACAAGCUAAAACAGAAAAGCCAACAAAAGAAGAGUAAGGAAAAUACACAUUUAAUAAAAUAUCAUCUUCUUCUAUGUUGUCUAAAGGAGAAGCACUCGUGAAAUCUCUUAUCACAAGGAGAAAAAAAUCAGUUUUGCUAAAUAUGAAAAAGAACUCAAAAGUCAGUCAUUGGAGUUAGAAAAUAUGUACAUAGUACUUCUGUUAUUGAAAAAUAAAUUAUGAUUCAGUAAA